AUGUCUUCGUGUGCCUCGGGCGGCCAACAACAACGCCGCCGCCGUCGCCUCUCACGCUUGGCUCCAGCAUCAGCGGCAGCAGAGGGCGCCCCCGAGUCCACCGGCAUCAGUGGAAGCACGGCCGCCGCCUCCGGGGGGCGAAAUCAGCUGAGCGCCGUUAGGCUCGCAACGGGUAGGGUAGUUAGAGGCGUGGUAGCGGCAGCGCUUCGGGCGGCGACGCCCGCGCGCUGUCGGCGCGCCGUAGGCGGCGUGCUAGUGUCGGCCGCGGCGUUUUGUGUUCUCAGGCGCCCGGCGACGGCGGCGGCGAUCGGGGGCGCGGCGGCGCAGCGAGGGCGGGCCCUGGUGGGCAUGAUACCGUCUUCUGUGGGAGCGGCGGCGGGGGGCGUGAAGCAGGAGAUGACGCUGGAGUCGGUGGCGCCCAAGCUGGCGCUGUGGUUCACGCUGUUCGUGACGUCGGCGGCGUUCCACUCGGCCGAGAUCGCCAUCACCACGCUCUACCCGUGGAAGGUCAAGGAAUUCGCUGAGGAGGAGGGCAUGGACAGCCCUUUCCAGGUGCUCAACAAGGACAUCACCAGAGUGCUGACGACGAUCCUCAUGGCCACGACGGUGUGCACGAUCUACAACGCCGCGCUCUUCACAAACCUCGCCAUACAGAUGUUCGGGUCGGCGGGACUGGCGUACGCCACCGCGGCCCUCACGGUCACGACGCUGUUCUUCGGGGAGCUGGUGCCCAAGGCCUUGGGCGUCAACAACGCAGAGGUCGUGGCGCGGCGGGUGCUGCCCAUCAUCAUCGUGCUCUCCGUCGUCCUCAACCCGGUCGCCAAAACCUUCACGCUUAUCUCGACGCUGAUGCUGUCGAUGCUCGGGUUCAAGUCCACCGAGACCGGGAGAGUGUCAGAGGAGGAGCUGCGGCUUAUCGUAACGGGAGCCAAGAUGAGCGGCGGCAUCGAGAGCCAGGAAGGGAUGAUGAUCGAGGGCGUGCUCGACCUACAGGACACUAAAAUCUCGGAGAUUAUGCGGCCGAGGGUAGAGGUGGUGGCGAUCGAGGCGAACUCGACGAUGAUGGACCUCUACAUGCUCCACCAGGAGACGAAAUACAGCCGAAUCCCUGUGUACAGCGGAGAGAUCGACCGCAUCUCUGGCGUGGUUCUCAUCAAAGAAUUGCUCGACUUUGUCCAGGAGCCCGAGAAACUGUCGUCCGUGCUAGUGGCCGACGAGACGGAGAGCACCUACUUCGUGCCGGAGACGAUGAGCGUUUGGAACGUUCUUGAGGAGAUGCGCCGCAGGCGUUUGCACAUGGCCAUCGUGGUGGACGAGUACGGGGGUACUGCCGGUGUGGUGACGCUGGAAGACAUCCUGGAGGAAGUGGUGGGUGAGAUCUACGACGAAAAGGAAGAUGACGACUUCAGAGAAGAGGAGCACUACAUCAACGUCAACGAGGAUGGAACCUUCACGAUUCAUGGCAUGGCGGACCUCGAGGAUGUAUGCACCUCGCUCGCUUUCCAGGAGGUGAACGAGGACGACUUGAAAGAGUUCGGGACCCUGUCCGGCUACCUGUGUAGCCAGGCUGGCGAAAUUCCGGCCGUGGGGGACUACGUCGUCGUCGGCGGUUACAUGUUUACCGUCACCAAGGCGGAUGAACGUCGCAUCGAAGAGGUACACGGUAGGCUUAUCGGGGCUUCGGACGCCCCAGACGCGGGGGGGGCGGGGGGCAGCGGGAAGGGGGGGGCGGGUGGAGGGGGGGACCAAGGUGGAAACGGGCUUCAGAAAGGCGAAGACAAGGGAGCGGCGGCGGGGAACGCUGACGCCGCUGCCGCAGCUUCGAAGAGUUCGAGUCAAUGA